GCGGGCAGUAGUCUAGGGAGGGGAGUUGGAGUGCGGACGCGGGUCUGGGAGGACGCAGCGGCUGGCGGGGAGCGCAGGGCGCGCACUACAGCUCCGACCAGGGGGCUUUUUUAGAUAGCGCCACUCCCUUCCGCAUGGCGGCGAUGCCCUCCCUGUGGAGAGAAAUCCUCCUGGAGACCCUUCUGGGCUAUGGUUCUUGGUCUCUCUACCAUGACUUAGGACCGAUGAUCUAUUACUUUCCCCUGCAAACACUGGAGCUCACUGGGUUUGAAGUUUUUGGCAUAGUCUCUCUUUCUCCAGCACUCCUAAUAAUUACUCCUUUCUGGAAGCUGGCUAAUAAGAAGUGGAUGCUAACCCUGCUUAGGAUCAUCACUGUAGGUGGCCUAGCCUCCUUCCAGGCUCCAAAUGCCAUCCUUCGGCUGGUGGUCCUUGCACUUGGUGUGUUUUCCUCGCUGAUAGUGCACAGCGUGACUUGGUGGUCAGGAAGUGGUUUGCAAAGGUACCACAGAAUCUGGGGAUUUAUUUUAGGACAGAUUCUUCUUGUCGUCCUCCGCAUAUGGUAUACUUCACUAAAUCCAGUCUGGAGUUGUCAGAUGUCCAACAGAGUGAUCCUGGCAUUAAGUAUGAUAGCCACACUUGAUCGCAUUGGCACAGAUGGUGACUGCAGCAAACCCGAGGGGAAGAAGACGGGUGAGGUGGCCAGAGGCGUGCCCUCUAGACCCACCCAGCUGCUGGCCGGUGCUGCCUUUGGUAGCCUCCUGUUCGUCACUCACUGGGUCUUUGGAGAGGUCUCACUUGUUUCCAGAUGGGCAGUGAGUGGUCAUCCCCACCCAGGGCCACAUCCGAACCCAUUUGGAGGUGCAGUUCUGCUGAGCCUGGCAAGUGGACUGACGCUCUCAGCUUGUUCGUGGUUUCCUAAUUCUGGUUUCAUCUGGUGGGUUACAGGAACAGCUUCAGCUGUGGGUCUCCUUUACCUGCCCACAUGGGCAGCUGCUGUUUCCGGCUGUGUGCUGGCCAUCUUCACUGGAUCCAUGUGGCCUCAAGUGCUUAAACACCUGGUUAGCUCGGGGACAAGCCCUGGAGAAACCAUGACUGUUGCCAUGGUGGUUUAUGUUCUAGACAUAUUUUUCUGUGCAUGGUGCACAGCCUUUAAGUUUGUCCCAGGAGGUGUUUACACUAGAGAAAGAUCUGACGUGCUUUUGGGGACUGUGGUGUUCAUUAUUGGGCUAAAUAUGUUAUUUGGUCCUAAGAAAAACCUUGACUUUCUUCUUCAAACAAAAAACAGUCCUAAAAUGCUUUUCAGAAAGAGUGAAAAAUACAUGAUGCUUUUUUUGUGGCUGCUUGUUGGCUUGGGGUUGUUGGGAUUAGGACUACGACAUAAAGCCUAUGAGAGGAAAUUGGGCAAAGGGGUGCCAGCCACAGAGUUCUCUGCUGCCAUCUGGCCUCUCAGGUUUGGAUAUGACAAUGAAGGAUGGUCUAAUCUAGAAAGAUCAGCUCAAUUGCUCAACCAGACAGGUGCAGAUUUCAUAACCAUUUUGGAGAGUGAUGCUUCUAAACCCUAUAUAGGUAACAAUGACUUAACCAUGUGGCUAGGGGACAAGCUGGGUUUCUAUACAGACUUUGGUCCAAGCACCAGGGAUCACACCUGGGGGAUUAUGGUGUUAUCAAGAUACCCAAUUGUGAAAUCGGAGCAUCACCUUCUUCCGUCACCAGAGGGCGAGAUUGCACCAGCCAUAACCCUGACUGUCAACAUCUCUGACAAAUUUGUGGAUUUUGUUGUGACACAUUUUGGAAACCAUGAAGAUGACCUUGACAGGAAACUGCAGGCUAUUGCUGUUUCAAAACUACUGAAAAAUUGCUCUAAUCAAGUGGUAUUUCUGGGGUAUAUCACUUCAGCACCUGGUUCCAGAGAUUACCUACAGCUCACCAAACAUGGCCAUGUGAAGGAUAUCGAUAGCACAGAUCACGACAGAUGGUGUGAAUACAUUAUGUAUCGGGGGUUGAUCAGGUUGGGUUAUGCAAGAAUUUCCCGUGCUAAACUGAGUGACUCUGAAAUUCAGAUGGCAAAAUUUAGGAUCCCCGAUGACCCCAUUAAUUAUAGAGACAAUCAGAAAGUGGUCAUAGACCACAGAGAAGUUCCCAAGAAAAUUCGUUUCAAUCCCAGUGUGUUGAGAGCCACAGCCCAAGGGGCCCCAGCAAACUUCCAGCUGCCGGCUGAUGAUUGGCUCACAGCGCCCCAGCAACAUCUAGCUGAUUGGCUCCUCGGCCCCAGCAACAUCUAGCUGAUUGGCUCCUCUGCGGUGAUGCUCAUUGGGCUGUUUCCCUGCCCUUUCAGACCACGGAGCUGCUCAUUGGGGGACUUUUUUGGCUCCGCCCACGUGACCCAGCCAAUCGGCCUCAAGAGCAGGAGGAUUGUGGGAGGUGGAGAAAAGCUUGUGGGGGAGAGAGAGGCUUGUGGAAAGCCGGUGGUGGCAGUUGAGGCUCUGAGGGUUUUUCCUGAGAGGCUGUUUUGUUUGGCGUGUGUGGUUCUAAAAAUAAAGUUAGUUUCUUUUGACAAGUGGCUCCUGAUUGUGCCCAGCCAGACUGCGGCACCAGUGUAUUUUUUUUCAUUUUUCAGAAGCAUUGAUUUUACUAUAAGAUUUAUGAGAAACAGAAAUUUACUAAGGACCAUCUCUGCUAUCCCAGAGACAUGGGAGAAAGAACAGAGAAGAGCAGGGCAGGGCUAAGUGUCCCAGGAAAAACAGUCUCUGAUGCCUUUCCCAGCUGGUGGAGGGACCCAUUUGUGGGAGGAUCCAGAGGCCCUCUCACUGGCAUCUAUGUGGUGAAGGCUUCAGUAAUCUGUGCACCUUCCUCCUACAGCUGUUCCAUGUGAGAUCCUGUGGCAUCUGUCUUUCUGUAUUGAUAGAUAUGUUGAUGAGCACAAGUUCAUCAUCCCAUAAUGUAUAGCUUCAUCUAUAAACAUCCCAUUGUUUACCAUAAAUGUAUAGUUAUAAUUUGUCAGUUUAAAAUGAUAUUAAUAAAAGCAUAUGUAAAAUAAA